UGAAACAAUAACUUCUAAAUAAUGUACUGAAAGAACCCGCUAUUUCUCUUACUUUUGUGACUUUGAAACAAAUAUAGUUAACGGUUAGUUUGAGCUUAUUAAAAUGUGGAGAAAUAAACGGAAAUUUAUCAUAAAUCAUAUCAAGAAAGAACGGAAAGAUAUUUCCAAAUGGUUCCUUAUCCCAGGAAGCGUCCUGUGCGGAAUUUCUAUAUUAAUGUCUGUCCUGGCCGUCUCUUUACCGUACUGGGUUAGCGUAAACGAUGUGAUGGAGACCACCGUCGCCGGACUGACGGAUGACACGGAUGUGACGUAUUUUUACGGGUUGCUAAGAUACUGCUUGAAGAUGAAAGCUACUCAUCUUGAUACAGAUGAAUGUAAGGCCAAGGACUACUCGUCGUUAACUGGUUGGGAACAGACGACAUUAAUUACAUUCAUUGUUUCUAUUGUGCUUAAUGCUGUCGCCAUCGUGAAUGUGAUUUUAAAUCGCCGAUGUUGGAACAUGUUAUUUCUACUUAUUGGGGCAACACUAUUGGCAUUGGCCUCAGGUGCUUGUCAAGCAGUCGGGGUGUCACUGUACCAGAUCAAAGCUUCCGUCCUUGUCCUAGACAUUGGUGGAUUAACUACGGCAAAUUUCAAACCAGAAUUUUUCGGUGCAGCAUUCUGGUUCGCGUUCCUCAGUGCUGUAGGCUCUAUGACGGCUGGUCUGCUCCUGAUGUUAGGAACAUUUACAUGGAAGAGGCCAAAAAUAAUGCGCAAGAACAUGUACAAGACAACAGUUCGAGCUCCAGUCUGUCCGUACAAAGGCCGCCGUCCAGCUCUAAUAUCUAUAACCAACAUGUGAACUUAUAACCAAAUGUUAAGGAUAAAACUUUCAUUUAUAACAACAAAUUUGUCGAGUAAUACUACAUUUGUACAUCCACAGUUGAAGAGAAAUUAUUUUAAAAAAACAACACUUUUUAUAGAAUACAAGCGUGUACAAAGUUACCAAAAGCGCAAUAAACCCACAGAAGGAGGCUAUAGUAAUAAUUACGCCUGUGAAUUCUGGGGUUGCAGGGUCACAAACUACAUUUAACUUCAGAGAAACAAAUACAAUACAUUCACUUUUAGAGUUGUGUGUGUGCGUGCGUGCGUGUGUGCGUGCGUGUGUAGAAAUUCAUUGGGAUGUUAUCAAACAAUCGUUUGCAUCUAUUUUGAAACGGAAUUCAAUGCAGUAACUUUCAAUGUGGGUGGCUAAAAUGGUUACCUUUAUAUUUUGGAAGUUUAAAUUAUUUAUUAUGUAUCUAUUAAUAUAUCAACAAGCAUGCAUAACUUCUACUAAAGUAAAAUAUAUAAUUUCAUUAAUUUGUACUUAAAGCAGCAUGUCAAUUUUCACAUACAUUUCUAAAAUGUAUUAAAAAGUUAAAUAUUGUCAAGUGAACAAAGAAAGUAAUUUACACAUUGCAAACGGAACUAAAUAUCUACGAAAAUUAACAAAAAAGCUGGUCCGAACAGCAAAAAUAGCACAUACUGCGAUAGUCGCGCAGUAGAAAUAUGGUGAUAAAUACUGCAAAAUAAGUAUUGAAUUUAUCAUAUUGUGAAUAUUUUUUAUCUUUGUACACUUUUCUCAAGAUUGAUUUUCUUGAUAUAUUUUGGUUCAUCAGAUCUGGAGGCAUGCAACUUUAAUAUAACACAAGUUUCAAUAAUGGAAAUUUGAUUGAAACAGUUUUAUUAGUUUCGUAAAACUAUUUUAUGAAAAAAUACAUUUGCGGUAUCUUUUC